UGUUCUUUUCUCUUCACCUCAGUUGUUCACUCCAAUUCCAAGCCAAAGCCCAAAACCCAUCAGCCAAAUUAAGAGAGGGAAUAGAGUAAGGGAGAGGAAAUGGAAUCUCCAGGACCGGAAAAAUUUUCAGGUGGUCGGAAAAAGGUUGUCGACAAACUCCUUCAAGGUCGUGACUUUGCAGCUCAGCUUCAACUUAUCCUCCGUGACUCCACCGGAGAUCAUGUGUCGGUUACUGCAAAGGAGCUGGUUCCAAGAAUCUUGAAAUCCUUCACUGAGGCUAUUGCGGCACUGAGUUCGGGUGAGUCCGGUGAAGUUUCUGGAGAUCCGGCAACUGCGGAAGCUGGUUUGCCUUGUUAUGAUGGCCAGAGAAAUGAAGAUUCCGGUGAGAAGAGGAAAAAGUCGGCAUCCAUUGAUCAACGCAGAGGAGGAUACAAGAGAAGAAAAAUGAUAGAGACAUCAAUCCAUACCACUUCCACACCAAUUGAAGAUGGAUAUUCCUGGAGAAAAUAUGGCCAGAAAGAGAUCCUCAAUGCCAAAUUUCCAAGGAGCUACUUCAGGUGUACACACAAGCAUGAUCAAGGUUGUCAAGCAACAAAACAAGUUCAGAAAACUGAAGAUGAGAUACCCAUGUACCGAACCACUUACAUAGGUCAACACACAUGUAGAGAUGUGCUCAAAGCUCCUCAAUUUGUCAUGGAUGAUAUACCCAAAGAAGCUUUCCUAUUCACCUUUGAAUCAACAAACACCACAACAACAACCAAAGAAGACCUUAAUUCUGGCUUUCCAUCAGUACCUCUCUCCUCCAUCAAAGCUGAAUUCAAGGAGGAACCAGGCCUCACUACUGAUGAUCAUCCAAUGGCCCAUGACAAUCAAUCUUCAUCUGAUAAUUAUUUCCUGUUGCCUGAUCUAAAGCCAUUGGAUUCAUCUGGACCCACAUCAGUUUUGCCUUCUACCCCUGGGUCUGAUUAUGGGGAUGUUUCUGGUGUGUAUUCUUGUACCACUAGCUCUCACAGUAGCUUUGACAUGGGUAUGGACUCUAUUGAUCAUAUGGCGUCUGUUAAUUUUGACGAUUUUAUCAACUUUGAUCAUGAAGAGACUUUUUUUAGUGUUUAGCCCUUUUUUAGGGUCUAGAUGUUUUAAUUGGCUUAUGUUAACGUUCAGUGACUUAGGAAAUCAAACCGAUGAGUGCCCCUUUUUAGAGAGAGAUUUCCUUGUAAAAUAUAUAGCAAUCCUUCAACUUUGUAUUGUCUGAUUUCAAUUUCAAUGGAAAUGACUUGGAAUUAGCUUCAUCAAGAGCAAUGAAAGACAAAUGAUGUGCAAAGAGGAUGUUCAUCAUUGAAAUUAGGGUUCCCUAUAGAACCCAAUGUGGGGAAUGUUUCUUGUAUUCCAUCACUUGCUUUUGUGGACUGAUUUCCAAGGGCCCAUAAGAGAUUGUAGGGCUUGAUGGUUUGAGGUGUGAUGAUGAGCUGCUGUAAUUUUAUUCUCAAUUGAUAAUGAAUUUUAUGUAAUCUCUAUC